AGCGUCAAAAUUAAUUUAAAUUGGCAUUAGAUAUAUUAUUUACAAAAGCUCAUUUCUAUUUAUUCCCAGUUGUCAGGCGUGCGCUGCUUGUUGUCAUCUGAUUGAUCACCAGUACUCAAAAGCAUCGGACAGGAGCUGUGAAAACAGCAGCACUACUGUUCUGAGUGGGUCUGACUUAAAAGUUAACUCAUCAUGGGAAACACCAGUGACCGUGUUUCUGGUGACCGCCAUGGGGCAAAGUCCCACCGCUCUGACAGUGGUAGCAGCCACAAGGACCAGGAACCAGGCAAGAUCAUGGUGGACAGCACAGAUGACCCCAACAUCUUCAAUACCAACAUUCUGGAUACAAAGGGUUCAGGGGAGAAGGAGUUCCUGCCCUUUACCUCUGACCUAGAAGACACAAGCAAGCCUGCUCCCCAGGCUAGACCCACCGUGAUCCGCUGGGCUGGUGGGGGGAAGGAGGUCUACAUUUCCGGCUCUUUCAACAACUGGAGCACCAAGAUCCCGCUCAAUAAGAGUCACAAUGACUUUGUGGCCAUCCUGGAUCUGCCAGAAGGGGAACAUCAGUACAAGUUCUUUGUAGACGGACAGUGGGUACAUGACCCAUCAGAGCCUGUAGUCACCAGCCAGCUGGGAACCAUCAACAACCUGAUCCAGGUCAAGAAGUCUGACUUUGAGGUGUUCGAUGCCUUGCAAGUGGAUUCCCUUGAGUGUUCUGAUACAUCAGACCUCUCCAGCUCUCCGCCAGGCCCAUAUGGACAGGAAGUCUACACAUUCCGGCCUGAGGAACGAUUCAAAGCCCCACCCAUUCUACCCCCACACCUUCUCCAGGUCAUCUUGAAUAAGGACACUAACAUAUCUUGUGAUCCUGCCUUGCUGCCUGAGCCCAAUCAUGUGAUGCUGAAUCAUCUGUAUGCACUUUCAAUAAAGGAUGGAGUCAUGGUUCUGAGUGCUACCCACCGAUACAAGAAGAAAUACGUGACCUCUUUGCUUUACAAGCCCAUUUAAUCACUUGGAUAAGUUUAGGUUGCCGUACUUAUGCUGUCUGUAAUUACAUGUUUGCUAAGAUUGCACUAAAACAGUUUACAGAAGGGAUGGAGGCCCCAUGGCAAUAGUGGUGUUUUCCUAUUUCUUGCACAGGCAUGAUGGCCUGUAACUAUUUCAUGGAGAACUCUGUCAUCACUAUUCAUCAAGAUUUUUUCAGUAUACACAAUGUUAGCAAAUAAUAUUUGCAUUAUUUAACGCUCAGUUGACUGAAGAAAAAUCCGAGUAUUCUUACAUUUGCAAAAUGUCAUGAAACAAGUUGUGCUGUUUUUUUUGAGGAUUUUGCUUUGUCCAUGUUUCUUGUUGAUCCACGUUGAUUUAGUACAUGAAUUCUUCUCAGAUUCACAACUUUUUCUCUUGAAGAUAUCUGCACAUCCUGCAAAUAAUUUUUCUUGUUGAUACCCAGGGAAGAAAACAACAUUAAUGAUCAAGUCAUCAGGAAUUAGUAGGGGAAAAAAAAAAUUCUGUUAUUUGAGUUAUGGAGAAAUACAAAAGAGCAAACAUCCUGUUUUACUUUAUAAUAUAGUUUGUGACAGUGUGAAUGACCCCACUGGCAAUUGCAUUCAUAUACCCUAAAACAUGCCAAAUAACAUAAUUCUUUAUGCACAAUGAAUUGCAUGUACCACUUAUUUUAUUUUUCCAACUUUGUAAAUGCAAGUUGUAGAACAAGCUAAUUUCAAAAAUGGACUGAAUUGAAUUGCCCACUUGUCACCUGCAUGGGUUGAAGUCAUGGUGCUUAUGCUAUUGCCUUUUGUCAUAAUGCUGCGAGCACUUUACCUGUGCAUUUAUUGAUGCUGUGAGUAGAGCGUUAUUGUAAGCUUUAUCUAUGCAGAAGAGGAAUCUGGUACUGUAGGUUCUCCUGGAUUUUAUUUAUCUUCAGUAUCCUGUUGCAGUGAAGACAGUUCUGUGUGAUUUUUUUUUUUCUUAAUAUUAUUUAUUAAAUAGGAAUGUAUUUAUCUCUUACAUAGUGUAUUCUUGUGUUCGAAACUUGGUUUGAUGUUUAAUGAUGAACCAUUGAAUGUUUUGCAUGUUUAGUCCAUUCAUGCCUAAACGUACCACCUCCCAGGUGAAAUCUAGGUUGAACCAUUUCUGACUUUCAAGCAGGACAGAUUUUUGUUAUGGAGAAUAAGCAGACUUUAAGUAUCAUCACCCUUGAAAUGUGUUGUAUUUUUCAUUACACUAAUCCUUUGUUAAUCUUGAAUUUAAUUGAUUUUGAAAGUGUACUCAUUCUGUCAUGCUUUCUGGAAAUUUCACAUUUAUUUGGGCUGUUACAAAUGUCAGAUUCCAAAGAAGUUCUGUGUAAUGAGACAUUUAACCUAGGAGACUACUUAACUGAACAGAAAUAUAAACGGUAUUAAAACCUGAAUAUAUGUAAUAAUACAGUAUUUCUGUACUCGGGUUGUGGUACAUACUGUAUCAUACAGAUGGGGAAAAACUUGAAUUUUUAAACCUUAACAUGUUAUGUUGAGCAACAUCAUUGGUUAAACUGUGCUGGAGGUGGCUUCACUUUUUUCCAAAUAAAAAAAAAAAAAGUCAUGCACUGUCACUUGUUACUGAAGAUAGUACUUUUAAGACCCUCUUACCUCCUAAGGAAUUAAUAAAGGGAAAUGUAGGCUGACAUAUAGCCUGGUAGUUUGUCUGGUGUUCAUUGUGCUCUCUUUUGACUUGACUUUUAGUAAAAAGACAGUCAACCACAUGAAUCCACACAAACAACGAUAGGCUAACAAGAUUUACUUAUUUAAUUCCCCAAUAAUCCAAAGCAUCCCAGAAUAUCUCAACCCAAACACUUCACACACAUGGUCUGACUGGAACACAGCGCUUGAGUCAGUACAUUUGCAAAUACGUUUGCUCACACGUUCCAUCAAAAACAACUUGUCAUGGACCACUGUCUAUAUACUGUACAUAUCAUACAAAGCUCAUGCCCAGCAGGCAUGCUUCCCUUCUACACAAAGUAUACACAGCAUUACGGUAAGUAUCUCCGCUUUCUCAAUUUACCACAAAUUUUCUGCAGAUUAUUUUGAAUUCGCAUUUUUCAUAUUAAAAUCUAUCAUUCUAAAACAGCUCUUUGACUGGGGAUCUUCCAUAGAACUUUGGUAGUUGUUAUGAACACUGAAUAGGAGGGAACACAAAGCAAGCCAUGCUGUCUUCACACAAA